AUGGACGACAUGCUGGAAUUCAUCCCCAACGCAGAAACAAUCCCAACAUGCAACUCCUUCGGCAAAAACGUGCGUGUUCAGAAACGGGUUCGCUCCCAAGCGAUGAAGGACUUUCGGGAGCCAACUCGGACAUCCUACUUUCUGGCGCUGAAACUGGAUUGCAAGCUAUCUGAAAUCCCCUAUGGCCCGGGACCAAAAUCCAACGCGGGGUGGUGUAGAGAGGUUACGCAGGCUAUUGAAAGUGACAUUGAUAUUGGCGGGCAUGGAGGUAUGAUUUACCAGAUGAGCUGGGUUUGCAUCCGUAGGGCGAGUCCACCAGGUCCACGACUACGAGCCCAAUCAGCAGUCGCAAGUGGCGAUACACGCCAUGACUCCUGCCUGCUUUCCCCGGGCUUCACCUACCUACCAAGGGUCGAUGCGUAUUCACGGGACGACAACCACACGCGUCCAGCAGAAGGCAGGACGGAGCGUCACAUCCCCCUCCUCUCAUACCACAGCAAAGCAUCGAUACAACAGAAUCAUCUACGACUCACGACUCACAUUCGCACGCGCAAGAUGGUGAACGCUCCGGAAAAAUACCUCGCUGCCAAGAGAAGCCUUGGGUUCCUCCACGCUUCUUCGAGUUACUUCAGCAACUCCCUGGGAACGUUCUUCAGCGAAAUUGACGCGAUUCUAUCGGAUUCUAUCAGAAAUGAUCCGUGGGCAAUCCGCAUGGACCCAAACCUCAUGGCUGGCAUACGGAGAAUUACCCAGAACCACAGCCCCAGGCUCUGGUCGAGGGAUCUGGAAACGAGAAGGCGGAUUUUGGUAAAGGUGCGAGACUAUGAGGAAUAUCCCGAAGAAUUAUACUGUACAUUCCCUCUUAUGAUUGAUGUGGUGGUUGGGUACCUGCUGGGGAGAAGAAAUCAAUAUAGACACAAACAGAAGAAGACUGCGAAGUUUGCGGACUGUGUGAGGGAGCAAGAAGCUCAAGAGAGUGGCGAGGGACAAGAUGAACAAGGCGAGGACGAAGACGCAAAGGAAGUCAGGAGAGGAACAUCUAGCUAUAAAAUUGACGGCAAUCGAGACUACAUUGACGACAUUGGCAUGGUAGACGGUCAUUCUUGGGAGCACCGGAAAUACAUACAUCAUUCGCUCUGCCCGGCUUCACAGCCUCGUUCGCUAUUGACAAGUCUACUUCCCUCCUCUCGAUACUGGGAAGUGGCGACAUGCCAUGCAGCAACCACCAUUCAGCAUGCUAUUGACCUUGCCCACUUCUCCCCUCCCUCCACUAACAUAGCAGCGCAUCCCAUUGCAAAGUGCAGCAACAUUACAACAUCUCUUCCAAACGCCCCAUUUCUACAAUUCCAGAGAGAAACAAUGAAUUCUCGAUCGAUGCUCACCGUACAGCACAUGCUCGGGUUCCGCCCUGCUGAGAACAUGAAAAACAGCGAUCUUCGCUCGCAUCCGACCUGGCAGAACCUGCUCCAAGACAUCGCGCCCAUUGAACAAGGAUAUAGCCAUAUGACGAAUCAACAGUUGGAAAACUCGACGGACCUUACAAUUGAGGUCAGACUGCUUGCGGACAUUUAUGGGCCAAUCAUCUGGAGCGAUGACCUCGAAGACAGAGACGACCUCCUUACCAGAGCCCAUGAAAAUUCCCACGGCGGACUGUACCCGAGAGAUCUCUACUGGUCUGAUCCUCUCCACCAAGAAAUGUUAGACUGA